AUGGACUUUGCUGUUUUCUUUGAUCAAAUGGUGUCGGAGUACGUAACUGGCUUCACACAGACCGAAGAGGCAAUGAAUAGAGCAACAUACGAUGUUAUCUUAAAAGAUAUUAUCAGCCAAAAAUCACUAAUCACGCCAGCGGAUAUUGAGAAAAUAGCAGCCCACCUCUUCACGGGGGUCGUUAGCACUGCGAACGAAGAAGCAGUUUGGUCUGGCGACUUUCGACGGUUGAGUGGCGAUCAGCAAUACGACAUAUAUAAAGAAGCCCAGGAUAAAUUUUUUGAAAACGUUUCUAAAAAACCUAAAUUAAAAACUGCUCAGUUUAACCAAAACAAUAACCUCUAUUUGUUUCUUUACCACAGAGAUUCGUAUUAUGAAACGGUCGCAGCUUAUCGAACGUAUAAACUGCCCUAUUCUAGCGGGAAAUUUCUGCACAGCGAGUGCAUGAUAUGUUUAGAAGAUUUCAAAGAAAAGUCUUUCCUUUGUCAAUUGAAAUGCAAACACGCAUUUCACACAGCAUGUCUGGCCUUGUGUUUCAAAGACCAGGUGGCUUGCCCGAUUUGUCGUCAGGUGUCAAUAUUCAAUCAAUAUUUUUACGGGACCCUAGUUAUUUUAUUCAUAAUUUGUUCUGUGUUUUCUAUUAAUGCACUGAAAAUAAUAAUUCGAAAUUUGUGCUGUAGCUCGUUUUGA